UGGCGACAGCAGCAGCAGCUCGAAGGCAGGCAUACAAACGUAUCAUGCCUGGGUAGGGCCGGCACCGAGAUGCCGGCUUGUAAGCGAAACCAGUUUGCUAUCCGAUACGAUCGAGGCAACAGCAGCCGCGGCAGAGAGCCCGUCCUCUGCUGUCUGCCGCUCGAAGAGCAUCUCUCGGCUUCCUCGAUUUGAGACGACUGCUCGGUUCACUCACCGUAUGCGGCUGCUCCGAAACUAAGCUGUAUAGGCAGGCGCAAGGACAGUGGAUUUGGUUCUUCAUUUAUUUGCAGUCGCGCGAGUUCGAGUGCGUAGCUUUACAAGUUUACGUGCAGUGGUCAUGGGACUAUGCGAACAUCGAGAGUAGCGUGAAAGUGAAGGAACAUUGAACGAUGAAGAACUCGCCGAGUGGUGACACUUUCUGAGUCAGACGAAGACACGAAAACCAUGAAAAAAGUGAAACCAAUGUGCUGGUCACGUGCUGCGCAAGUGUCGUGAAACGUUGCAGUAUAGAGUAUUAGGAGCGCCGGAGCACGAUGACGUUACAGUGACAUAUCGAUGAGAUUAUUAUUAUUACCAUUAUCCAACAUUUUAACCAAGUGUUCAGUGCAAUCAAUGCUUCGUAAUAAGCUUUAACUCGAUUUUUCAUUUAGUAAUAUUAAAGAAAAAAACAGUGCAGAGCACCCGCGGAAAGAUGCUCAAGCCAAAUAGCGCCUGCUAGAUAUAAGCGAGCGAGGAUACGUACAGUCGAGGAAAGCGCGAUUCGCGAUCCGUCGGCGCAGGUGUUUCCGAAGCCGCGGUAAAAUUAGUAUCCUGAAAGCAAUGUCGGCAGUGGCACCAGCGGGUCCCGGAGCGACAACGGUGCCGAGCGCGGGCAACGGACCCAUCGUGCCGUCGCCGGUGUUCGCGCUGCCCACCCUCUCGUUCACUGUGGGCCAGGUCUCGACGGUCUGCGAGACCCUCGAGGAAUCCGGCGACAUCGAGCGGCUCGCGAGGUUCCUCUGGAGCCUGCCCGUCGCGCACCCCAACAUCCAGGAGCUCAAUCAGAGCGAGGCGGUACUGAGGGCUCGGGCAAUCGUUGCGUUUCACUCGGGCCACUACCGCGAACUCUACGCGAUCCUCGAGAGGCACAAGUUCACGAAGGACUCGCACGGCAAGCUGCAGGCCAUGUGGCUCGAGGCGCACUAUCAAGAGGCGGAGAAACUCAGGGGCAGGCCUCUUGGCCCCGUGGACAAGUACAGGGUCAGAAAGAAAUAUCCACUGCCAAGGACCAUCUGGGACGGCGAGCAGAAGACGCACUGUUUCAAGGAGAGGACCAGGUCGCUACUGAGAGAGUGGUACCUGCAGGAUCCCUAUCCGAACCCGGGGAAGAAGCGGGAGCUCGCGGCUGCGACGGGACUGACGCCCACGCAGGUCGGCAACUGGUUCAAAAAUCGCAGGCAGAGGGACAGAGCUGCGGCCGCUAAAAACAGGCAGCAGCAGCAAUCGGGCAACGGCAACGGUGGAGUCCGCCGCAACCUCAGCAGUCCCGGACCCGGUGCCAGCGACUCGGAGGACUCGGACAUAUCGCUGGGCGGCACGUCGCCCCCGUCGCCGAGCUCCUCGCCGCCGCCGACGCACCACCAUCAACCGUCUCCCGUCUCGAUAAGCUCGAUUGGCCCAAUACCCACGCCCUCGCUCAACUUCCGCUUCGAUCCGACCCAGUCGUCGUUCCGUUUCGGGCCGGCACCGAGCUUCAAAUUCCCCUCGGCGGGCUUCCGUUUCUCGCCCCACAGUCCCCAGCACAAUCACCCCAGCAUGGCCGGCGGCGGUAUCUUCAGGCUCACCGAGACCAGUCCCUUCCAAGCCGUCGGACCGCGAGGAGAUCUUGGCUCGAGGUACGUUAAGGGCUUCCUGCAUAAUAUGUUACCAGACCCAAUAGGCCUGCCACCACCACGACUCUACCCGCACGAAACUCUGCUGCACCACCCGCACCCGCCGCCGCCACACCAGCUACCAGAGGGUCUGUCGCGGCUGUCAGACACGUCCCGGCUCUCGGACAGCCUGUCGGAGGCGCACUCGCCGCCGCUCGUGGCGACGAACCUGUCGGUGACGGGCCCGUUGCGCGUCGCGGUCCCCAGCCCGCAUACGCCCUCGUCUCGCGGUAGUCCGCCCUCCAUCACCCAGACGCAAGCGCCGCCGCCCCCGCCACCGACGACUCAGCACCAGGGCAGCGGCGGCGGCAUCAUCAGGCUGGCGAGUUCGCCGCCGCCCAAUCCAAAGCCUCCCCAGAUCCACCGGCCGUUCUCGCCCGCGUGAUACGAGCGACCCGACGACGACAAGUGCUACGUUGAACUGCUCUGAGGAGCGACGGCCGCUGACAAUGCAGAGGACGCGAUACUUUUUGCUAUUGCAGCGAUGGGGUAUCGUUGUUGAGAACCGCUCUUGGCUCUAUAAGUGUAUUGUUAUAUAUUAAAUCGAACUAACAUCCGUACAAACGGGAUAGGAUGAAGUAUGCAUGGUAUAACGUAUGCUGUACACUGCACAGGAACAGAAAGAGUUCGAUGAUGUGACCAGCGACGAUUUGCUAUUUUCAUAUUAAGAACCAAUGACUAAUUGUGUAUAAUUAUUGUGAAAAUAAACAAAAAGUAUCGUCUUUACGACGCGUAUAAACGAUUUAGGAUCAUUUAGGUUUCUUUCUCUCUCGAUGCAUGUACGGUCGAGGGGUCAACGCGCCCGGGAAGAAACCACCUCUCCGCGUGUAAUAAAACGUAAACGUCUUAAUUCGCUUAAGAAGUAUAUAAAUAUUAUAUACGUAUUUAAGAAUCGCUAUGACUAUUUCAAGUCGGGAAGUUUCUUUUGCGAUACUGUGGUUCUAGUGUGCAUUAUAUAGUUCGCUUUUUUAUCGAUUGUUUAUAGAUGGCCAAGUAUACGAGAAAUUUUUAGAAUGUCUAAUCCUUCGUUUUUUUCUUCGAAUUUUUAUCAUUGGUUACUGCGUUUUUAUGUCGAAAGAGUUUCGUGACUGCGAAAGUUUCAGAUUCAAAUCUCUAACACCAAUUUUAAAAUAGUGGACAUAAGUGUGAUUUUGAAAGAGAAAAAAAAAACUAAAAAAAAAGAACUUAUGCAAUGAAAAGUGAGAUUUCGUUAGAGUGAUUAUAGUAAACAAUAUUUAAAAAAAGUAAUAAUAUAAUAAUAAAAGAGAGGAUAAAGUAUGUAUAGCAAAUGUUUACAGGUUUCGCAUGGCGUCAAACCGGGUCCGGCAUAAGCAUUGACUGAGCAACGCACACAAAUACACGUACACACACCUGCAGACACUUCCGAUUCAUUUUCGAUGCUGAAACAAAAGAAUCAUCACGAAUGAGUACACUUGGGCGAUAGUCAAAAAACAAAGCAGGGAAAAAAGUGCUGCUCAGCGCACAGAGCGUUACAGCGAUUUUACGAAUACUGACGUAAUCGAAUCCUUCCGACGGCCCUCGAGAAGUCCUCUUCUUAGACUAAUUGUAGACUUAGCAGUCGCUAAUUCGAAUUAUCGAGCCAGUAUUGAAAAUAUGAGAAACAAAAAAACGA